GGGCGGCGCGGUCCGGAAGCGGAAGUGGAGGGUGCGCUUGGCGGCGGCGGCGGGAGCUGCGGAGUCGGGAAUCAAAACAAAGGGCCUGGGGGGGGCGGGGAAGGCGGUGGGUCCGGAAUGUGAGCGGAGGUGGGGCCGGCGGCUGAGGGUGGAAGAAUGAAAGAAAAGAAAGAUGAAAGAAUGUUGAACCACUUUGUAUGGCUGUAUGAUGGAAGGAAACGAAACUGACAACUCCUGCAGUAGAACAUUUGGAUGGCUUCAACAAGAUAAUGAUGCUAAGCCAUGGCUUUGGAAAUUCUCUAAUUGCUUUUCUCGUCCUGAGCAGACGUUGCCACUUAGUCCCCAAACGAAAGAUUACAUGGAGAACAAGAAAGUUGCCGUGGAAUUAAAAGAUGUACCAUCUCCCCUUCAUGCUGGCUCUAAACUCUUUCCAGCAGUCCCUCUUCCAGAUAUUCAUUCUCUUCAGCAACCUAAAAUACAGCUUUCAGCUGUCCCCAAAGUAAGCUGCUGUGCCCAUUGCACUAAUGAACCCUCCACUUCACCAAUGCAUUUUGGUGGUGGCGGUGGUGGGAGUGGAGGCACUGGUGGCUUGAUUCACACGGGCGCACUGUUAGAUUCGCAAAGCACCAGGACAAUCACAUGUCAGGUAGGGUCAGGGUUUGCUUUCCAGUCUGCGUCUUCACUCCAGAAGGCCUCAGCUAGGAACAGUUUAGCCAGCAUCGCAAGUGACUUUCCUAGCAUGUGUCUAGAAAGUAAUCUGUCUUCCUGCAAGCACCUGCCCUGCUGUGGAAAGCUCCAUUUCCAGUCGUGUCACAGUAACGUGCACAAGCUGCAUCAGUUUCCGGCUCUCCAGGGCUGCACCUCCGCUGGCUAUUUCCCCUGUUCUGAUUUCACAAGUGGGGCUCCCGGGCAUUUGGAAGAGCACCUUUCACAGUCGGAGCUGACGCCUCACUUGUGCACCAACUCUUUGCACCUAAAUGUGGUCCCUCCGGUUUGUCUGAAGGGCUCACUUUACUGCGAAGACUGUCUGAACAAGCCGGCAAGAAAUAGUAUAAUUGAUGCUGCUAAAGUCUGGCCAAAUAUUCCACCUCCAAAUACUCAAACCGCACCUGUUACUAUUCCUCUGUGUAAUGGCUGUGGAACCAAAGGAACAGGGAAGGAGACCACGUUGUUAUUGGCGACCAGUCUAGGCAAAGCCGCUUCGAAAUUUGGGUCACCAGAAGUCACACUAACCGGACAGGUGCUAGAAAACUUACCGCCCAUUGGAGUUUUUUGGGAUAUUGAAAACUGCUCCGUUCCCUCUGGCCGCUCAGCUACUGCUGUUGUGCAGAGAAUCCGUGAGAAGUUUUUUAAAGGCCACAGAGAAGCAGAAUUCAUCUGUGUCUGUGACAUCAGUAAAGAAAACAAAGAAGUUAUUCAAGAGCUGAAUAAUUGCCAGGUCACCGUCGCCCACAUCAACGCUACCGCGAAGAAUGCUGCUGACGACAAGCUCCGCCAGAGUCUGCGGAGGUUUGCGAAUACGCACACUGCCCCAGCCACCGUGGUCCUCGUGUCGACUGAUGUCAAUUUUGCAUUGGAACUUAGUGACCUGAGACACAGGCAUGGUUUCCACAUCAUUUUGGUCCAUAAAAACCAGGCCUCAGAAGCACUGCUGCAUCAUGCUAACGAGCUGAUCAGAUUUGAAGAGUUCAUUUCUGACUUGCCCCCCAGGUUACCACUCAAGAUGCCGCAGUGCCACACUCUGCUCUAUGUCUAUAACCUACCAACAAAUAAAGAUGGCAAGAGCAUCAGCAAUAGGCUCAGACGCCUGUCCGACAAUUGUGGAGGGAAAGUGCUGAGUAUCACAGGCUGCAGCGCAAUUCUCCGCUUCAUAAACCAAGAUAGUGCAGAACGGGCUCAGAAGCGAAUGGAAAACGAAGAUGUCUUUGGUAAUAGGAUCAUUGUGUCAUUUACUCCAAAAAGUAGAGAACUCUGUGAAACAAAGAGUUCAAAUGCAAUCGCUGAUAAAGUGAAGUCUCCCAAAAAACUUAAGAAUCCAAAAUUGUGCCUCAUCAAAGAUGCAAGUGAACAAUCUUCCAGUGCCAAAGCCAUGCCUGGCAAAGGGGCGCAGGCACAUUCUGGAUCUGCUGCAAAAAAUGCAAAUGUUAAAAGUUUACAGGAGCUGUGCCGCCUGGAGCCAAAGACUGGCACUAGAAGCUGUGAGCCCCCGCAAGGUCCCCUGAGGCUGGGAGCCCCUGCUCACAGAAACCCAAGUGCUGCGGCACCCAUACCUAAAACCUCGGGGAUGGCGGAGUCCGUUUACAAAAGUACCCUGAAAAAAGAGAACCUCAGUGCCCGGAGUGUUACUAGUUCUCCUGUAGAGAAGAAGGAUAAAGAGGAGCCGAUGUUCCAAGUGAGUUACCCGUCUGCUUUUAGCAAACUGAUCGCCUCCAGGCAAGUUGGUCCUCUGCUUACGUCUCAGUCUUGGACUUCUCGCAGGAGUAUGUCUCCAAACCUUUUAAACAGAGCCUCGCCACUUGCUUUCAACAUUGUGCAUUCGAGCAGCGGAGCCGACUGCCCAGACCCCUUUGCAAAUGGCGCUGACAUCCAGAUCAGCAACAUAGACUACCGGCUGUCGCGGAAGGAGCUGCAGCAGCUCAUGCAGGAGGCCUUUUCCAGGCACGGCAAGGUGAGGAGCGUCGAGCUCAGCCCCCACACGGAUUACCAGCUCAAGGCUAUUGUUCAGAUGGAGAACUUGCAAGAAGCAAUCAGCGCCGUGAAUAGCCUCCACAGAUACAAAAUUGGCAGCAAGAAGAUCCUGGUCUCCCUUGCCACGGGAGCCGCUAAUAAAUCACUCUCUUUACUGAGCGCAGAAGCAAUGUCUGUUCUUCAGGAUGCUCCUGCCUGCUGCCUGCCUCUGUUUAAAUUUACAGAUAUCUAUGAGAAAAAGUUCGGACACAAGUUGAAUGUGUCAGAUUUGUACAAAUUAACAGACACAGUUGCCGUCCGUGAACAAGGAAACGGAAGACUGGUGUGUCUCUUGCCCAGCAGCCAGGCCCGGCAGAGCCCCCUGGGGUCUUCCCAGUCGCAUGAGGGCUCUUCGACAAAUUGCAGCCCAAUUAUAUUUGAAGAGUUAGAGUACCACGAGCCCAUCUGCAGACAGCACUGCUCCAAUAAGGACUUCAGUGAACAUGAAUUUGAUCCAGACUCUUACAAGAUCCCAUUUGUGAUUCUCUCUUUGAAGACAUUCGCACCCCAGGUCCAUAGCCUGCUGCAGACGCAUGAGGGCACAGUGCCUUUACUGAGCUUUCCAGAUUGCUAUGCCGCAGAAUUCAGCCAGCUGGAAGUGAUGCAGGAAAACCGAGGGGGUGUGCCCUUAGAGCACGUCAUCACCUGCAUCCCCGGGGUAAACAUCGCCUCCGCACAGAACGGCAUCAAAGUAGUGAAAUGGAUUCACAACAAGCCCCCACCUCCAAACACAGACCCUUGGCUUCUGCGUUCUAAAAGUCCUGUAGGUAACCCCCAACUGAUCCAGUUCAGCAGAGAAGUGAUCGACUUGCUGAAAAGUCAGCCCUCCUGCAUCAUGCCAAUCAGUAAUUUCAUCCCUUCCUAUCACCACCACUUUGCCAAGCAGUGCCGGGUGUCGGACUAUGGCUAUACCAAGCUGAUUGAGUUACUGGAAGCAGUGCCUCAUGUGUUGCAGAUCCUUGGAAUGGGCUCCAAACGUUUGUUGACCCUCACCCACAGGGCUCAGGUGAAGCGCUUUACUCAGGAUUUACUAAAACUUCUGAAAUCCCAAGCCAGCAAGCAGGUCAUCAUGAGAGAAUUCUCUCAGGCAUAUCAUUGGUGUUUCUCAAAGGACUGGGAUGUCACCGAAUAUGGCGUCUGUGAGCUGAUCGAUAUCGUAUCAGAGAUCCCAGACACGACCAUCUGCUUGUCACAACAGGAUAGCGAAAUGGUCAUCUGUAUCCCCAAAAGAGAACGUACUCAGGACGAAAUAGAAAGGACGAAGCAGUUCUCCAAGGAUGUUGUUGAUUUGCUGAGGCACCAACCCCACUUCCGCAUGCCCUUUCACAAGUUCAUCCCCUCCUACCAUCACCACUUCGGCCGGCAGUGCAAACUCGCGUACUAUGGGUUUACCAAACUACUUGAACUUUUUGAAGCCAUACCUGAAAUUUUACAAGUAUUGGAAUGUGGAGAAGAAAAAAUCCUUACUCUGACGGAGGUAGAACGAUUCAAAGCUCUAGCUGCCCAGUUUGUUAAACUCCUUCGGUCCCAAAAAGAUAACAGCCUUAUGAUGACAGACCUACUCACAGAAUAUGCUAAAACUUUUGGCUACACGUUUCGUCUCCAAGACUAUGAUGUCAGUUCAGUUUCGGCUUUAACGCAGAAACUCUGCCAUGUGGUAAAGGUUGCUGAUUUGGAAUCUGGCAAACAGAUUCAGCUGAUCAACCGGAAGUCUCUGCGCUCCCUCACUGCCCAGUUGCUGGUGUUGCUGAUGUCUUGGGAAGGAACCACCUGUCUUCCUGUUGACGAACUCAAGAGACAUUAUGAGACGACCCACAGUACUCCUCUCAACCCUUGUGAAUAUGGAUUCAUGACCUUGACUGAACUUCUGAAGAGUCUCCCCUACUUAGUUGAGGUGUUUACUAAUGAUAAGACAGAGGAGUGUGUGAAGCUCACAAGUCUUUAUGUAUUUGCCAAGAAUGUGCGGUCUUUACUCCACACUUACCACUACCAGCAACUUUUCCUUCAUGAAUUUUCCAUGGCCUAUACGAAGUAUGUUGGAGAAGCCCUGCAACCUAAGACAUACGGCUUCAGUAGUGUGGAGGAGCUCUUAGGAGCAAUCCCACAGGUGGUCUGGAUAAAAGGACAUGGUCAUAAGAGAAUUGUAGUGUUAAAAAAUGACAUGAAAAGUCGGUUGAGUUCGCUCGGUCUUUCCCCUGCCAAUCAUGAAAACAGGCCCUCUGCCGCCCAGCAUCUCCUGGAGGUGCCCGAAGCCCACCCAGCCUCAGAACUCAAACUUGGAGUGGAAUGCAAUGGGCCCCUUCCAGCGGAGCAGGAGCUCCUCCACCUGAACAACGACUCCCCUGUCGACCUCCUGUGCGCACCCGUCCCCUCGUGCCUGCCGUCCCCGCAGCUGAGGCCAGACCCUGUCAUCCUCCAGUCUGCUGAUCUCAUCCAGUUUGAGGAACACCCUCAAGGGCCUUCAGAAAUUAUGAUCUUGAACCAAGGAGAGAACAUUGGAAUCCCAGCGCCGAUAAAGAAAGAGCACCUGCCCUCUGAUUCCAGCUCACCUUCCGGCCCAGCAGCCGCCCCAGAGCUGCCCUGCCCCGCCUCAGAACCCGCAGAGUCCCUGCUCAGCAAGGACCCUGUGGAAAGCCCAGCCAAAAAGCAACCCAAAAAUAGAGUAAAAUUGGCAGCCAACUUUUCCUUUGCACCUGUAACCAAGCUUUGACUCUCGUUUGAAAGUAGAGUUAGGAUGGGAAAACACUGUCUGAUUCUGCACACAAAAGUGGGCUCAAAAAACACAGCCUUUAAUGGAAACCCCCAGAAGCCACUUCACCCUUGGGUGUCUUCCAUAUUUUGUUUCUUUUACAUUAAACACAGCUUUGAGCUGUAAUUUUUCUCCCUUUCCUCCUCACCCUCCACAACUACUCAAAAACAACUACUUCUGGCAUUUGUUUUAAAGAAUCCUUAAUAUAUUUUACCAAAUUUUUCUUCAUUAUUAUGAAAUAUAAUGGUGUUUCCUGCAAAGGAAGCUGGUAAGAACUCGGCUAGAAGGAAGCGGUGUGAUGGCCAUGAGGCCACGUCCCUGGCAUCAUCCUCUGUAGCGUACCAUAGUCGCGAAGCCUGCGCUCACCGAUGUUCCAGGCAGUAUUAAUCAAUGCAUGACCUGUCUUUGAAGCAAAGCCUGUUCAGUGACCCAGAAGGAGGAGGGGGCAAGGGGGUGGGGAAGUCUUCUCUGGUUGGAUAGGAAGGCUCCUGGCUUCAUGUGACUUGUAAGUGUGCCUUGUUUUCUAUUUAACUAUGUCUGUAGUUGACAAAUGUGGCUUCAUCACAGAUGUUUUAAAAUGUUUCCACUUUGGGGUUCCAUUGAGGAGCUUUCUAGAAAGUCCAGGAUGUUUUAAGCUUCCCUUUCAUGUGACGUUCCAGCUUGAUAGGUGUUGGGUUAAGGAAAAGAAGGUGGUCUUGGUGUCGUGAAGUUACAGUCAGCAUUCGAAUUCCCACACACAUCAUGGUGUGUCGAGAGGCAAUGUUGGGAAGAGAGUCUGAUUGUCUAAAAUAUGCAUCAAAUGCAUAAAUUACAAAUCAGAACUGAGGGGUGAGGUGCUUGAACAGGAGCGAGCGGUGUUGAUACUCCUUCCACUAGGAAGAGACAGAACUUCAGUCUAUACAUGUGAAGGCCAAGGUUGAACAGCUUAACCUUGAUUUUGUAAUUGUAAAGUUGGCUUCGGGAGCUGGGAAGCUUCAUGUGUGAGGAUGUGUGUGUGCGCGCGUGUUAACUCAGCAUCUUUUAAUAGUGUCUGUUUUAACUCCUACUUCUCGCUGUCGGAAGCAUGUUUGGGUUUUUUUGUGGUGUCUGACAUUGGCAUUUGGGGAAAGCCAGCCUUUGAGGGAGCACUGCCCUGUGGAAUGACCUUCGCCGUGAGGUGACGGAGGCAUCCGGUGACGGGUGGCCUCUCACCCCCCCUGGAGAAGCCUGACACUUACAAUGGAUUGUAUUUGUUGGGCAAAAUGGCGGAUUCAUUCAUAGAGCAGAACGCAGCUGUUGGCAUGAGGUCUUCCAUUAGUUAGAGGGUUUCUUUUGGGGAAAUGUUUAUAUUUUGUAAUUUCUAGAAAGCCAGAAAAUGGGCUCUGAUUUCAUAGCCAGCAUUUUGAUAAAAUGCCACAAAAUAAGGGCUAUCGAGAGAUUUUUACAAGUCAGAUUUUUGUUCCCCAAAUCUUUUAAAUGAAGCCAGUGAUUCCCAGGUCUCCACCCGCAGCCCCAAUCACGAUGGAGCAGCACCGGAGAGGCCUUCUCCGCCCAACGGCACACGCAGAUCCCUUCCGAGGCAUUUCCUCGACAGUGUGUGACCGGCAGUGAAAUGUUUUUGCACACGUGCACACGUGCAAUUUUUUUUUUUUAAAGAAGCUUUUAAACACUCUAAUAAAGUGGGUGUCGAGAACAUCGGUCGCCUUACUCUGAGGUUUCACGAGGCCUAGUUUGCACGCUUGGACUUUAGUUUUGCUCACAGGUAAAGGAUGGUGGACUUUGAGAGGUACCAUUACAAGUCACUCGAAAUAUUCUCAGCGGGCGGUUUCUUUGGGUGGCAAAGAGCCUGAAGUUGUGUCCUUCUGCCGCGCGAGCGUGGUGCACCCUUCCCGGGAGUCCCCGUCGGCCGGGCGCUGCGGGCGCGGUGCUGACAUCGCCGUGGGAAGACAGGCAGCGUGGCGGGUCCGAUCGCGGUCUAUUUUUUUAUCCAGAGGCUUAAUUAAAUGAUGUGAGGAAAUAAUGUAUGACAAUUAAGACGAUGAAAUUCUUUAUUUCUGGGUGGAAAGAUACACCAGAUUAGAUUUAUCUGUUUAAAAAAGGAGAAGUUAUAUCACCAAAAACCCCUUUCCCAUUUGCACUGUUUGUUUUGGAUUGGCUUGGGGGGCGGAUUUCUUUGACUGUCUACUUUGUUGGAACACCUUUUUUGUGGUUCAAGUGCUGUUUUGUGUGUUGGGACCAAACAGCUGUCAAUAAACUUUACAAGCAAGACCUGACUGAGUUUCCCAAGAGUGGUGUGUGGUUUUGCGUGUUGAGGGGGGGACGGAUUG